AUGACUACCAUAGCUGCAACCAGUCUCAACGUCGCGACUCCACGAUCGGUCGUUCGACCAUCGGCGGCUCGUUUAACCGCUCCGGUACGUUUGAAUUAUCCGUGGAGAUUCGGUUCGAUGAACCGGAUGGUGAAACCGGUUAAGGCGACAUCGGAAGGAGGGAUAUCGGAGAAAGUGGAGAAGAGUAUUCAAGAAGCGAAGGAGACUUGCGCCGAUGAUCCGGUGAGUGGUGAGUGUGUUGCGGCGUGGGAUGAGGUGGAGGAGCUGAGUGCGGCGGCGAGUCAUGCUAGAGACAAGAAGAAAGCUACUGGUUCUGAUCCUUUGGAAGAGUAUUGUAGUGAUAAUCCUGAGACUGAUGAGUGUCGUACUUAUGAUAAUUGA